GAAGAAAAAUUACUUGGUGUUUGGUUAACAAUCAAAAUUCAUAUCUGGCAACCUUUGUUACAAGUGUCACAUCAAAUGAGCUUGCAUUUACUAUUUGUAAUAAACGAAUUACAAUUAUCCAUUGAAAUUUAUUAAAUCAGAUUAGCGACCCAUUUACGAAAUCAUCCCUUCAAAAAUGACUACAAAUGGUGAUAUUGGCGGUCUCGAUGCCAGUGGUAAAAUUAUAAAAAUGGAAGUGGACUACAGCGCAACAUGUGAUGAGAAAAUACCACUUUGGAAAUCAUGGGCUUCCAAAGGAAAAGUUCAGGACGCUAUAGAUCAAUUGUUGGCCCUCGAGAAACAAACAAGAACUGGUGCUGAUAUGGCUUCAACUGCAAGAAUUCUAGUUACAAUAGUACAGAUUUGUUUUGAAGCCAAGAAUUGGUCUGCUCUAAAUGAUCAUAUUGUUCUUCUUUCAAAAAGAAGGUCACAACUAAAACAGGCAGUUGUUAAAAUGGUACAAGAAUGUUAUAGUUACGUUGAUAAAACUCCAGAUAAAGAGACUAAAAUAAAACUUAUUGAAACAUUAAGAUCCAUAACCGAAGGCAAGAUUUAUGUUGAGGUUGAACGUGCCAGACUAACACAUAUUUUAGCAAAGAUACGUGAGGAAGAGGGAAAUGUAACUGAGGCUGCAAAGAUCAUUCAAGAAUUACAAGUAGAAACAUAUGGGUCAAUGGACAAACGUGAAAAAGUUGAGCUUAUCUUGGAACAAAUGAGAUUGUGUCUGGCCAUCAAAGACUACAUUCGUACACAGAUAAUAUCUAAAAAGAUUAACACAAAAUUUUUUGAGGAAGAAAACACUCAAGAACUAAAAGAAAAAUUUUAUCGUCUAAUGAUAGCAGUUGAUCAACAUAAUGGACAAUACCUUGCUGUGUGCCGACACUUCCGGGCCUUAGGGCCUGCAGGUGGCGCUGAUGCGCUUAUUGGCAGCGUCGUAUUCCUUAUAUUGGCUCCAUACGACAAUGAACAGGCAGACCUCACACACAGGCUUAAUGAGGAAAAGGAUUUAGACAAACUGCCAGAGUAUAAACAACUCCUGGGCUUGUUCAUCAAUCCUGAAAUCAUAAGAUGGAACACCUUAUGUUCAACAUAUGAGAAGACGCUACGAGUUACUCCAUACUUUGAUUCUACUGAUGAAAAAGGACAAGAGCGCUGGAAUGAUUUAAAGAAUAGAGUUGUUGAACAUAACAUCCGCAUCAUGUCAAUGUACUACACCCGUAUUACGCUAAAACGUAUGAGCGAGUUGCUGGGACUUAGUGAAACAGAGACAGAAGAGGCUCUAAGUCAGCUCGUAGUUAGCGGAGUAGUACGCGCAAAAAUCGACCGUCCUGCAGGAGUCGUCCACUUUAGCCUGAAUAUGGAUGCAUCCGACCGUCUGAAUGAGUGGUCAAAUAAUUUGAACACUUUGAUGCAGCUUGUGAAUAAAACCACGCAUCUUAUCAAUAAAGAAGAGUGUGUACAUAAACAUCUUAUGGCUACUGCGGAAUGAUUUAAAGAAUAAUGUCAUAUUAUUUAUAAUACAGAAAUAUAUUCAUUUCUCAAA